AGUAAAAAAAGAGUGUCAAUAAAUAGGGAGUAGCAUUACUCGACAUCUCAUAGCUCUUCUCCAAUCUAAGGGUAAUAACACAAGCGUUUUCAUUGAAGUUAAGAUAUCGAAGAUGUUUGAGAAGAUGGGACCCGUUGGUGGUAACAUGGGAAGUGUAUUUGACGAUGGUGUUUACGAUGGUGUGAAGAAAAUAACUGUUGGAAAAGACAUUGACUGUGUGUCUUAUAUCAAAAUCGAAUACGAAAAGGAUGGAAAAUUUGUAACUCAUGAGCACGGGACGAUUCGUGGGGAAUUGAAAGAGUUUGAUGUGGGUUACCCGAAAGAAUGUAUCACAUCCGUUGGUGGAAGCUACGAUCAUGUUACCCGCUAUAACACAGUGUUGAUCAAAUCGCUAAUCUUCAAAACUUCUUAUGGAAGAACUUCCCCAACAUUCGGCGAUUCAUCUGGGAAAGAAUUCAUGCUCGAGAGUAAAAAUGGGGGAAAACUUAUUGGAUUCCACGGACGCUCUGGUCAGGCUAUUGAUGCCAUUGGUGCAUACUUUUCGCUAGUUGAAAAGACAGCUGCUAUGGGUGGUAACAUGGGAGAUGCAUUUGAUGAUGGUGUUUUCGAUGGUGUCAAGAAAAUAACUGUGGGGAAAGACAUUGAUUGUAUAUCUUAUAUCAAGAUCGAAUACGAAAAGAAUGGAAAUUUUGAAACCCGUGAACAUGGAACGAUUCGCGGAGAACUAAAAGAGUUUGAUGUGGCUUAUCCGAAUGAAUGCAUCAUAUCUGUUGGUGGAAGCUACGAUCAUGUUAAUCGCUAUAAGGCAGUUCUGAUCAAAUCGUUGUUCUUCAAAACUUCUUUUGGAAGAACUUCUCCAAUAUUCGGUGCAAGUCCAAGUGGGACAGAAUUCAUGCUUGAGGGGAAAAAUGGAGGAAAGCUUCUUGGAUUCCAUGGACGCUCUGGUCAGGCUAUUGAUGCCAUUGGUGCAUAUUUUUGGUCAGUUCCCGCACCCCAAAAGAUUGAACAAGUGGGUGGUAACAUGGGAGUUGUAUUCGACGAUGGUGUUUUUGAGGGUGUGAAGAAAGUAAUUGUUGGGAAAGAUAUUGAUUGUGUGUCUUAUAUCAAGAUCGAAUAUGAAAAGGAUAAUAAGGCUGAAACCCUUGAGCACGGGACAAUUCGUGGGGAACUUAAAGAGUUUGCUGUGGAUUAUCCGAAUGAAUGUAUCACAUAUGUUGGUGGGACCUACGAUCAUGUUAACCGCUAUAACACAGUGCUGAUCAAAUCGCUACUCUUCAAAACCUCUAGUGGAAGAACCUCGCCAGUACUCGGUGAGACGAAUUUAUCUGGAAAGCCAGUUGGAAAAGAAUUCAUGUUUGAGGGUACAAAUGGAAGAAACCUUCUUGGGUUCCACGGACACUCUGGUCAAGCUAUUGAUGCCAUUGGAGUUUACUUUGGAACCGGAGGAAUUUAAGGAGGAGGACUACAAGACUGUUUAUUGGGUUCAUCAGAUCUAAGUCCAUGUCGUGUCUAUCUAUUAUCACCAAUAAAAGACUUACUCUAGUUUCGUAAAAUAAGGUACAUCCUUUUGGGUCAUUUGCAGCUCGAGUAAGCAUUUCAGCUUUUGUUUGUUGUGUUUAUGUGUAAAAUAAGGUCCAUGCUUUGGGAUCAUGUGAUAUUAUCUGCUUUUAAUAAAUGAUGAAUCUUUCCAAUAUCGUCUUUUA